CUGACCUUGGGAAAGGGUGACCACUGAGAAUCCGCUUCUGUCACGGUAUUCACUCGCGGUCUGAUUGAUUGUGCUGGUUUUUUAUUGAUUGUUUGCGCUCUUUUUGUGGAAUAUCGGAGCCUCGCCUUUUGACUUCACUCAUUUGUACUUGUCUGCCUACCUUGCCUAGGUACCUUAAUGGUAUCGCCGUGUUUGGUUGGUUUCCCCUCACUCAAGACUUCCUCCGCCCGCCGCUCCCGACAGCCCCAAGCCAUGACAGCGACAAUCCCAGCGUAAGAAUCUGCACCAAGAAAGCUGCAUGCGGCGGUGAACUCUGUUAUCUCAAUCAGCGAACGUAAUCCGCGAAACCAACGUCCCUUCGAGCUUAUUCGAGCGCAUACCUGCCUGUAUGCUUGAAACGACCACAACUUGACAUUUCACAAACACAUUUCACAUUCCAGCCAUGGCUGGGCCAGCGGCUACAUCUGCGUCUCUGGAUCGCACAAGAUUCCGAGAGCGUUCUGCUUCCUCGGCUUCUGCCGCUACGACUUCCACCUUUGGCCCGCCAUCGACUUCGGACGGAUCUUCGGUGCGCUCACUCUCUCCUAUCGGACAUUAUACAUCUUUCUACCAGCGCCGCCGAAGAAAUGGCAACGCGGUCGCGACCAACCGUGCAAAAUACUUCGCAUUUGCAGCAGCCAUCUUGUCGGCGCUUUGUGCUGGCUCCAUUACCACAUUUUCCCUGUACGGGCACAUAUUCCAAUCAAGAUUACGAUAUUCUCAGUUUGAAGUAAAUGGAGUCGCGAUUGCGGGAUCCGUUUCCUCAUACAUUCCCGUUCCCGUUCUGGGAUACCUUUGCGACCGGUUAGGACCAGCACCACUGUCACUUGGGGCAGCGGCAAUAUUCGGAGUAGGUUAUUCCCUGGCGGCGGCCGUUUUCAUGCACGUGGACGCGGGCAUUCAGUUUGCAAAUGAUGGGGACGCCGAUUCGGCGCAUCUUAUGGGCGCCAAGGCUGGAGGACCAUUUACAUACGCACUCAUGAUUGCGGCCUUUGUGUGCAUUGGUACCGGCACCGCCAGCAUGUAUCUAAGUGCUGUUGCAACAUGCGCAAAGAACUUUGGCAAGGGAAAACAUCGCGGAUUGGCGCUAGCUGUCCCGAUAGCCUCAUUUGGCCUUAGUGGCAUGUGGCAGAGUCAGAUUGCCAGCCGGGUUCUCUACGAACGCGCACCCGAUGGCACCCGUGGCGACGUGGAUGUUGUUCGCUACUUUAUGUUUCUCGCCAUUUUGCUCUCAGUAGUCGGCGUCAUUGGCUUCUUUGGCCUUCGCAUAGUUGAUGAGGACGAACUGAUUGAGAAUGCUGUUGAGGAGCUUGAACGCAGUGGCCUGCUCGAUAGCAGCGUGCUUUUCACACCUGGCGGCGUCAAUCGAGCCUCUGGAGGCUAUGGAACCAUAAAUGCUGUCGUCGCCGAAAGGUCCAAUCCAUUUGACGACCACGACAGGGGAACCAAUAGCUCCAGCGACGAAACCGCCGUCGCGACUGAGUCUGUCGGUCUACUCAGUCCGACCGCUAAGAACGGCGAUGAGGAGGCUGGAGAUAUUGAUGAUGGCGCAAGCGACGAGGCACGGAGAGUCAAGGAGUGGGUUCUCAAUGCUGAAACGCGUCGCUUUCUUUCAGACCACACAAUGUGGCUUUUCGCAGCAGGCUUUUUCUUUAUGGUAGGGCCUGGCGAAGCAUUCAUCAACAACCUAGGCACUGUGAUACAGACGCUUUACCCUCCACCGGGCACAACGGAACACGUAUCGCAACCUACAUCUGCUGCAACCCACGUCUCUCUGGUUGGAAUUACUAGCACGAUAGCUCGUCUGGCAACGGGUACAUUGACGGACCUGCUAGCUCCUACCCCUGACACUGCACACAUUCAGCUCACGGCGUCCCAAGUCUUGGAACCACCUUCAUCCCCAGGAUCGGGGCGGUGGGCCAGAAGGGUCUUUCAGAGAGGUCGUAUCUCCGUCUCUCGCGUGGUCUUUCUGCUUUUCUUUGCAAUCCUGCUCUCGGCCGGGCUUGCAACUCUGGCUUCGGGGACUAUCCAGAACCACGGCGAGCGAUUCUGGAUAGUCUCUUCUCUGGUUGGUGCUGGUUAUGGAGCUGUUUUCAGCCUUACGCCCAUCAUUAUUACCGUGAUCUGGGGCGUUGAAAACUUUGCUACGAAUUGGGGAAUUGUCGCCACGAUGCCAGCCCUCGGCGCAACGAUGUGGGGACUGAUCUACUCGGCCGUCUAUCAAGCGGGAGGCGCGGGAGGCGGUGGUGACAUCUUUUGCUACGGCAAGCAAUGCUAUGCCUCUACGUUCUGGGGGAUGAGCGGGAGCGUAUGGAUCGCUUGCGGACUGGUGAUGUUGGCGUGGAAAGGGAAGAAUGGAUGGAAACAGAGGGGGAUUGUCAUCUAAUACAUCUAUAUCGUGUUUUACGAUAUUUUUUUUUUUUUGUUUGAUUGAUUUCUUUUGUUGGAAUUUUGGACAUGGUUCAUUCAUUUUUGGGGCGAUUCCGGAAUAUAGGCGUUUGGCGUGCGUGUCUAUUGUUAUCCUUAUCUGCAUAUGGAACCCCGGAUCUGCCUGGGCAAUAAUGUCAUUUUGGGUAAAUACAACUGCACAUUGUUUUGACAGAUACAGAUAAAGCAAUUAAAUAAAUAGAAACUACUCACCAA